GCUCAUAAUCAUCUUCGUUCUCGAAUUAAUUAGUUGAUUAAGCAAAAAAAAAAAAAAAAUUUGCCAUUGAAGGGGCACGCAGAAAACUCUGUCUGCGUCUCCGAAGUCCGAACCCAACUCUCUUCUCCUUCUCUCGAUCUGAUCCGUUUCUACUUCUCUCGAUAUCGAACCAAUUGGAAGGUUUAAUCACGAGGAAGCUUCUUGGGGAAAGUUUAGCAUCUGAUUUGUAUCUGAAAAAAAAAAACGUCAGACGAUCCUCUUCUUUCAAAAAAAGGAGAGAUUUUGACUGAUUCAUUAGACGCCAUGGACGUUCCUAGCUCUUGGGAUGCUUUACGCAAACAGGCUAGAAAGAUUGAAGCUCAGCUCGACGAGCAGAUGCAUUCUUAUCGCAGACUUGUUUCCACUAAUAAGGCUUUGACAAAGUCGGAUGGUGCAGAGAGUGAUCUUGAAGCUGGGAUUGACUUACUGCUAAGGCAACUUCAGCAAGUUAAUGCGCAGAUGCAAGCUUGGGUUUCUUCUGGUGGUUCCGAAAUGGUUUCACAUACUUUAACUCGACAUCAAGAGAUCCUUCAAGAUCUCACACAGGAGUUUUAUCGACACCGCUCAAGUCUUAAAGCAAAACAAGAGCAUGCUUCACUUCUUGAGGACUUUAGAGAAUUCGAUCGGACUAGAUUAGACUUAGAAGAAGGGGGUGGCUCUACAGAACAAGCCCUGCUCAAAGAGCAUGUUGGAAUCAACCGCAAUACAGCGCAGAUGGAUGGUGUUAUUUCACAAGCUCAGGCAACGCUGGGUACACUCGUGUUUCAGCGUUCAACUUUUGGAGGCAUCAACUUUAAGCUUAGCAAUGUCACCAGCCGUCUGCCCACGGUGAACACUAUUCUGUCAGCGAUAAAGAGGAAAAAGUCGAUGGAUACAAUCACUCUUUCACUCGUUGCGGCUGUAUGCACUUUUCUCAUACUCAUCUACUGGCUAACCAAGUAGAAAUUGCCCGUUUCUUUGGAUUCAUCUCUCUGCAGGGCCACGUCGGGUUUUCCCCAUUAUGUUGAUUUGUUAUGUGAUCAUCAGUGUUCUAGUAAAGAAUCUAAAGAUCAAAACUAUAAAUAUUUUGUGCAAGUGUACAGCGAACUUCAUUCCUACUUUCCGGUUUAGCUUAUUCAACCGUAUGAUUCUCUCGUCUUA